UGAAUUGUGUAUGUGGGUUUGCACGAUUGUUCUUGGUUGUUUAAUAACCCGAAGUAGUGGUGGUCAAUAGAGUUGGUCUCGGUGAUUAAAAGGUUACAUUUUAGUGAUAGGACUUGUGAUAGUAGAAUUGAAUUAGAUUUAGUGCCUACAGUUGUUGCUCAGCUGUCUAAAAGUACUAGUUUACAUGCUUUUUGAAAUCCAAUUGUCUUGCUCAAAGGAUGGCUUAUUGCCGUACGCUGCCAUCUUUACUUCUAUGCUGAGAUUAAAUUCUUUUGUUGCAUGAAGAUGGGUACUUGAGUUUUAACAUUAAACUAUGUUAAUCAUAAGUUGUUAAGUGGAAAUGAUUUGUACAUUUUAAUGUGAAUUUACAGAAACAGGAAAAUGAGUGAGUGCUCACUUUGGCAGGAUAUAUCUGCUUAUCAUCAGAAGAUAAAUUUGUGUUGUUAGAUUGGUGGGAAUUUCAAAGACAUUUAAACUUGUUAUUUUCAUCAUUCAGAUCAUUUAAUUGAUUCUGUAUACUUGACUGCCUUCCAUAUAUGGAUGUGUAAGGGGCUUGGCUGUGAUUCUGGCAUCUUGGCAACUGGUCUGAGUUACAAGAAGAAUAACACAGUAAUGAUUUCAUUGGACCACAUAUGUAUAUUUGGUUUUCUGCUUGCUAAUUACAUUUAGGAAAACAGCAUGCAGCUUGAGAAUAUGCUAAAGCCGAUGACGCGGUCAGCUGAAUUAGCCCAGGUUUCAUGGGCCUCCUAGCAGGGACCAGUCAUGGACCCCAUGGUUGACCAUGUUGGUUGUUACAGUCUAUUUUUUGGCCUAAGCUACAUUACUUUUUACUGACCUUUUGCAAACGUGGUAUCAAGGCAAAUUUACUAUUUCAUUGCAGGUUUUCCGACUUCUGUUUGAGAUUUCUUUUUUGUGUGUGUUUGUAGAGCAGAUGGACCAUGAAUGUUACCAGGCAUGAGCACUGAUUAAAGAUCUGCGUGGUUGGCAAAUGAAUUGCAGGUACACAACUUCACACAGGAAUAUUUUGGUGGGUGCCAGACUGCCAGGGAAGACUGAUCUCACUGGUUAAGCAGUCAUGAGGAUGAGGAGUAUACGUGAAAGCACACAUCCUUUUGAUGCAUGCCCGUUCGAGGCGUUCUACCAUGGUUCGUGGAAAACUGUUGAAUGCUUACAAAUUAGGGCUGGGGCUAAAACCACGCUUUUAGCAGGAGACGGACAUGUGAUUAAAGAAAAUGUUCCCAUCACAAACCUUCGAAUAAGGUCAAGAAAAGCAACUUUGUCAGAUUGCAGCUGCUUUUUAAGGCCUGGACUUGAUGUUUGUGUGCUUUCAACCUGUCAACUUACAGGAAGUUCAAGCAAAGAGGAAAACCAGGAGCCUGUCUGGUUAGAUGCAAAAAUACGUUCUAUUGAGAGGAAGCCGCAUGAAUCCAAAUGUGCUUGCAUAGUUUAUGUUAGCUUUUAUGUUCCACAAGGCCCUCUUGGUGUAACAAAGAAAAAACUUCGGAAAGAUACCGUGACAGUGCAAACUGAUCAAAUUUUCAUCCUUCAAAAGCUUGAAAGGAACCCCUAUCAAAAUGAGCACUAUCGUUGGUGCAUCUCUGAGGACUGCUCUUCACUGCAGGAAUGUAAAUUGUUUCCAGGGAAGUUCUCAUACGAUGUUUCUUGGUUCCUUGUGGCAUCUGUGCAGAAGAAAAUUGAAGUUGAUGUCAGGUCAAUCCAAACUAAAAUUGUCUAUCAGCUUGUGGAAGAUGAAUGUGACAAGCAUUCACCAAGUUCGGAAGCCAGAUCAAAGGCUGUGAAUUUCAAGUUACAGAAUGGAAUUUCAGUCCCUUUCAUUGUCACAUUUACUUUGGGGAAGCGAAUUGGUUGUUACCUGGACAAAGAUGAACCAUCGUCACUUUAUGAACUAAUGGGUUUGCGGCGAUCCAAGCGUCGAUGCAUACAACCUGAGCUUUACUUGGGUGGUGGUGAUUUGCUAGACUCAGAUGCUGAUGUGGUUUGGUUGGGGUCAUGUAAAACAAGAAGAAAGGAAUGUGAGGGUGAUGGCAGGGUUGAUUCAUAUAGAAGAGAGUUUUUUAGUUGCCAAGGAAAGAUCAAAUCUAGGGAGUUGAAAUCAAUGGCAUCUAAUCUGAAAGAUCAUCAACCUUCCCUUGCUCCUCAUGGAAAACAAAAAUCUCAACCUUCUGUUGCUGCUGUUAAGGAUGAAACUGAUCAAAUGGUCUGUGAGGAGGACUCUCCUGACACUCGUGUUCCUGUAAAUUUUUCAACAGGGGGGUAUUCCAAAGCAAGAGAACAUCAACCUCCCCUUGCUCAUCAAAGAAAACAUAAAUCUCAACCUUCUAGUAGUCGUGUGAAGGAGGAAACUGUUGAAAUUGUCAGUGAGGAGGAUUCUCUUGAUACUCAUGUUUCUGGCAAUUUAUCUAGAGGUAAAAGGAAACAUAAACCUCAACCUUCUAGUAGUCGUGUGAAUGAGGAAACUGUUGAAAUUGUCAGUGAGGAGGACUCUCUUGAUACUCAUGUUCCUGGCAAUUUAUCUAGAGGUGAAAGGAAACAUAAAUCCCAACCUUCUAUUUCUCCUGUGAAGGAUGAAACUAAUGGCAUGGUCGACAAUGAGGAUUCUUUUGAUACUCACAUUACGGGAGAGUUUUCAAGAGAGGAUGGUGAAGUGGGUUCCAGGUAUAUGCACAUGAAUGGUACUCGUAAUGUACAUAGAACCGGUACUAUCGAGUUGGACUUUUUGGAUGCUGAAGGUGCCUGGAAGGGUAAAACUUCCCAUAAGAAAUACCAAAGGAAACGGGACUAUUCUUCAUUUUCAGUACGUGAGAGUUUUGACAAUGCAGGAACUUAUAGAAGGAGAAACAGUCGUGUGAGUAUAUGUGGGGAAAUGUUAAAGAGAUGUAUGGAGAACAUAAAGUCCUCUGUCAAUAAAGAACAUCCACUAGCUAUUGAUAAGUGGAAUGAAUUCCGGGCCACUAAUUUCUUAGACAGACGGAACAGAGAUAAUGCACCCUCACCAGAUGGGGAAGAGGAACCAGAAAUUCAAGUAUUGUGGAAACAAAUGGAACUUUGCAGGGCAUCAACUUAUCUUCUUCAAGACGAUGAGGGUUCCAAUGUUGCUGAGGUCGCACAAGAUACAAGUAUACAGUGUGCAUACGUUUGCCCGCAUGAAUACAAACUCAAUGAAGAAAUUGGCAUUGUUUGCCAAUUGUGCGGCUUUGUGAACACAGAAAUAAAGGACGUCUCCCCCACUUUUUGGCGAUUUCCAAGUUGGACUCCAAACAAGUGGUCACGCGACAGAGAAAAUGCAGAGCCAAAUCCGGAUGAUAAUGUGGGAUUUUCUGAUCUUUUCCGCACUCCUGCUGCCUCAAACACGCCCUUAUCAGAGGGGGACAAAAAUGUCUGGGCCUUAAUACCUGAUCUCAAAAGGAAAUUACGGCUGCAUCAAAUGAGAGCGUUUGAAUUUCUCUGGCGACACUGUGCCGGUUCUUUGGUACCUAUACUUAUGGAUCUAACAACCCAGAACAGAGGUGGUUGUGUUAUCUCUCACUCUCCUGGGGCUGGUAAAACGAUGCUCAUCAUUGCAUUCCUUGUGAGUUACUUGAAGUUGUUCCCUGGAUCGCGCCCUUUGGUCCUCGCUCCAAAAACAGCACUCUACACCUGGUCCAAAGAAACCAUUAAGUGGGAAGUUCCUGUUCCAGUUUAUCAAAUCCACGAUGGUGAAACCUACAGAGGUGAAGUCUUGAGAAAGAAAAAGGGAAUAUCUCUUGAACAUGGAUUCCCAAAACCCGACCGCAAUGCUUUGCAUCUUGUGGACUGCAUGGAAAAAAUUCAAAAGUGGCUUGAUCACCCAAGCAUUCUUCUAAUGAGUUAUUCCUAUUUUAUGACACUCACACGGGAAGAUUCAAAAGAUUCUCAUAGGCGGUAUUUAGGCCAGUUGUUGCGGCAAUGCCCUGGGAUCCUAAUCCUUGAUGAGGGGCAUAACCCUAGAAACAAUAAAUCUAGGUUGAGGAAGGCUCUGAUGAAAGUUGAGACGAGGUUGAGAAUUUUGCUCUCCGGUACGUUGUUUCAGAAUAAUUUUGGAGAGUAUUUCAACACUCUCACUUUGGCAAGACCACGGUUUGUCGAUGAUGUGCUGAGGAAGUUGGACCGAAACUCCGGGACAACAAAUAAAGGCGGAAAAACACGCACUGCAAUUGAAAACAAAGCAAGAAGAUUAUUCAUUGUUAAAAUUGCUAGGAAGAUCGAUUCAAGUGUAGGAAAAGAAAGAAUGCGUGGUUUGAAUUUGUUGAGGAAUUUAACGAGUAGUUUUAUAGAUGUAUAUGAUGGAGGAAAUGCCGUCAAUCUUCCUGGGUUACAAUGUUACACGCUCACGAUGAAGUCGACGCCGAAACAACAAAAGCUUUUGAAAAAACUUCUAAAUCAAGUCGCCAAAUACAAAGGGUUUCCACUGGAAAAGGAGUUUCUGGCCACUCUAGUUUCAAUACAUCCUUGGUUGCUCAAAACUACACCUGCUUCCAGUCAAUACUUCAAUAAGCAAGAACUUGAAGGUCUUGAGAAAUACAAGUUUGACCUCAAGUUGGGUUCCAAGGUGAGGUUUGUAAUGAGUCUAGUGCCUGAAUGCAUCAUGAGGAAAGAGAAGGUUUUAAUCUUUUGCCACAAUAUUUCCCCGAUUGAUCUUUUUGUUAAUUUAUUUGCAUCUUCCUACGGGUGGAGGAAAGGGGAAGAAGUUUUGGUCCUUCAAGGGAAAAUGGAACUAUUUGAACGUGGAAUUGCAAUGGAUAAGUUUGAGCAGAGGGAAGGGGUGGCAAAAGUAAUGCUGGCUUCAAUUACAGCUUGUUGUGAGGGCAUUAAUUUGAUUGCAGCAUCAAGAGUGAUCUUAUUGGAUCCAGAGUGGAACCCUUCUAAAACAAAACAAGCCAUAGCGCGGGCUUUUCGUCCCGGUCAGGAGAAAGAGGUAUAUGUUUAUCAGCUAUUGGCUAGCGGUUGUAUGGAAGAAGACAAAUAUAAUAGGACCGCGUGGAAGGAAAGGGUUUCAAGUAUGAUUCUUUAUAGCGAGGGGCACGUGGAGGAGCAUUCAAAGCAGCAAACAGAAAAGAUCGAGGAUGAUCUACUAAGGGAGAUAGUGGAGAUAGAUGGAGCUAAUUUGUUCCAUAAGAUCACACAGAAUGAAAAAAGCUUCAAAUGGGUGGGCGGUCAGAGCUCCUGCAUCUCAACUCCUUCUUAGUGAUCAAAGUUGAUCUUUAAAGCUUGUUACCACGAUGGAAUGGUUCUCUCAAUUCGUGGACUCCCUGAUGGUUCCCUCGAUGAAAACAUGUUCAGGAAAGAAGCGGAAUCCGUCGGAAAAGUGAAGCACCGGAACCUAACCGUUCUCCCCGGAUACUCCCGGUUACUACACAGGCGCACCGGACCUUAGACUCCUGGUCGACAAGUACGUGCCCAAUGGAAACUUAGCAACCCUCCUUCAAGAAGCAUCCCACCAAGACGGAGAUGUUCUGAAUUGGCCAAUGCUCCACCUGAUCGCGCUAGGAAUUAGCCGCGGAUUGGCCUUCUUGCACUCAUCCUCAAUGGUACAUGGAGACCUCAAACCCCAAAACGUGCUAUUUGAUGCUGAUUUCGAAGCCCAUUUAUCCGAUUUCGAACUGGAAAAGCUUGUUUCAGCUAAAGUGAUCUUGCAGCAUUGCUCUGAGCACUAAGACUCGUUUUUUCGCUUUUUACUGUUGCUUUCCUCUAGUAUAGGCACUUAAUUAUGUAGUCGAGGCACUAGAAUCCCGUAGGAAAGAAGAUUAAACAAGAAGAUGGGAGUUGAUCCCCCAAUGAAGUUCAGAAACUUAACCAGCUAAACUGUUUGAUUUUUAGAUGGGGCUCGAUCGCAAAUCCGUGAUAAAUGAUUAUAUGUCCCGUAAGAAAGGCGUGUGAACGUCAUGAUACCUUUCAAUAUGUUGAUACGUGAUAUAUGUACAGUUCUUACUUU